UUAAGAGUUAGAUUAUUAGUUUUAAGGGACUCAAUUAUAUAGAUAAAUUAUAAGAGGCGAUACAAGCCUUAUAAAGCCUCUCUUCUCUUCACUGCAAAUCUGCAAUCAAAAGGCUCGCUCAUUUUCUGUGUAUUCCUCAGUACUACUACUAAUUAAAUAUUGAAUUAGCUCUUCUUUUCAGUUCUACUAGUUACCCUUUUCAUCUCUGAACCAUACCCUUGUUGAACUUUGAUGUCUACGCCCUUUGAAGAACAUGAUUACAUAGGAUUCUCAGAGGUUCCUUCAAUGGACAACUCUGAGAAAAGCAAUAUUACGUCAGAAGAUAAUAAUGGAACCAAAAAAGGUUUGAACUUGAAGGCCACUGAGUUAAGACUUGGCUUGCCUGGCUCUGAGUCACCAGAGAGAGAUGGUGGACGUGUGGGGGAGGAUAAGAACGGGCACCCACUUGGUGUAGUGAAGGGUUUGGUGUCUGGGGCCAAGAGGGGCUUCUCUGACACCAUUGAUGGUGGUUCUGGGAAGUGGGUUUUCUCUGGAACUGCUGGAUCUGAAGUUGAUUUGGCCAAAAGUGGUGGUUUGUUCUCUCCUAAAGGUGUCAAUGGAGGUGGGAAGACUCUUGGUGGUGUUGGGUCUGAGAGUAACACUCAGCAGUCUGUGAUGGCUUCCAAUGCUGUGAAAGAUGCUGUCCCGCAGUCACCAAAGCCGGUGCCGGAGAAGAAGCCUCAGAGUUCUGCUGCAAACGCUCAUGGGAUUGCUCCAGCUUCAAAGGCACAAGUGGUAGGAUGGCCACCAAUUCGAUCAUUCCGGAAGAAUACAAUGGCUAGUAAUCUUCCUAAGAAUAAUGAUAAUAUGGAUUCCAAGCUGGGAUUGGGAUGUCUUUACAUCAAAGUCAGUAUGGAUGGCGCACCAUACCUGAGGAAAGUUGAUCUCAAAACCUACUGCAGCUACAUGGAACUUUCUUCGGCACUGGAAAAGAUGUUCAGCUGCUUUACAAUUGGGCAAUGCGGAUCUCAUGGAGUUACCAGCCGAGAUGGAUUGAGUGAGAGUCGAUUAAUGGAUCUCCUCCAUGGUUCAGAAUAUGUACUUACCUACGAAGACAAGGAUGGUGAUUGGAUGCUUGUUGGUGAUGUUCCCUGGGAGAUGUUCACUGACUCUUGUAAGAGGCUCAGGAUCAUGAAAAGUUCAGAUGCAAUUGGUUUAGCCCCCAAAGCGAUGGAGAAGUGCAAAAAUCGUAAUUAGUGUGAUAUUGGAGCUGCGAAUUCUCUGUAAGUGAAAGACCUUGAGUAUUGUCUCUAUCUAAAUGCUGGAAACACUGGUUUGGAUUCAAGUUUGGGCACCAUGUUUAAUUACUUGUCUUUGUUUCCAUGUAUUUUUAAGAUUUAGUGUACUGAAAAAACCUUUCUAAGUAGGUAAGUGAUAUCCCUAUUGGUAGUUCUAGCUUUUUUACCUGUGUUUGGUUCCUUAUCUCUAUUUCUUCCUGUCAUGUAUUCUGAUCGCUCCCUGCUCAAGACUUGAGUCUUCAAUACUACAUAUGUAAAUGGCUGUUUGAUGUA